GUCUGUGUAUGUUUGUGUCUGUGUGUGUGCUUGUCUGCGUGUGUGUUUGUCUGUGUAUGUGUGUGUGUGUGUGUGUCUGUGUGAGUCGCAGAAACAGUAAAGACGCAGUGACAAAAAAUAAUCUCUCUGUUCCGUGAGUUCUCCCCCUGACUGACUGAUAAUGCACAACACUGGCUGGCAAAACCUGAAAGUAAAGUGGAUUUGAAGGGGAUUUAUACACUCAGUCACACACAUGUACAAAAGUUCCAGAGGAAGUCCAAAGAGAAACAUACUGAAAACCCCCUCACCCCCGCCGAAUUUGGAAUUUCCAAAAGGCGAUGUACAUAACUCCGGCAGAGGACAUUCAGUUUCUUUCCGAAUACACUGCAGUGCAAAAACCUAACCUGGCGUUCCUCCAGCACAGGGGUUAUCCAUCCGACCAGAGAAAGAAAUAUUUACUCCCCGCAAGUUUCGCCAUGAGCUUACUGGUUCUGAAGCCCGCGGACGAGCUCCUGAGCUACUGGAAGCCACUUCCAUCCUCGGACGCCGGCCAGGAUGAGGAGUGUUUGGGUUAUGUGACCGGCGCUGACUGGGAAUACGACCGCAAGUAUUAUUGCGGGGCUUGUGAGCGUCUGAUGAGGGAUCCAGUCCAGACAGAAUGUGGGCACAGGUUUUGCCAGAUAUGCCACAGGACGCUGUUGAAAGAAUCAAUGACAUGCCCCUCCUGCCUGAAAGAUAAUGAAAUGGUUGAGAAAGGUUCAGUGGCUAUGUUACAGAAAUGCUUUAAGGACAGGGCAAUCGCGAAAGAGAUUCUGAACCUCCAAGUAUCCUGUCAAAACCAGGGCUGUACAUGGACUGGUCCCCUGAGAGAGCUGGAGGAAAAGCAUAAAUUGACUUGCGAGCAAAAGCUGCUGAAGUGCCCCUUUAAUGUCGUCGGCUGCACAGAGAUGAUUUCCAGCCACAAGGUCCAUGAACACAAGCAGGCCUGCGUGCAGUACCAUCUGGAGUGCGUGCUCCAGAGUUUACAGGGACUUGUGAAACAGGCCAGUGUGGCGAGCGAAUGCCCCAGCCUGGUGGAAAUGAUCGAGAAAGACAAGGAGAAGGAUCCAGAGUGCAACAGGCAGCACGGGGACAAUGAGUUACAGGCUGACAGGAUACUGGAGGAGCUAAAAGUGAAAGUGCAGACGUUUGAAAACAUCGUCACUGUGUUAAACCGUGAAGUGGGAGACACUCUCAAUGCCAUGCUAGCACAGGAGAGAUUGCUGAGGGAGCAAGAGGCAGUGACUGCACAGCUAAGGAGCAAGGUACGGCAGCAUGAGAAAUCUAUUUGCCUCAAGGACUUGGUGAUAGCUGACCUUCAACUUCGUCUGGAAUUCCUGGAAAGCACCUCAUACGAUGGCACGUUAGUCUGGGAAAUCUCCGAUUUCAGCCGCAAGAUGCAAGAUGCCAUUGAAGGAAGGGUUCCCUCGAUCUUCUCCCCACCAUUCUUCACAUCUUACUGUGGAUACAAGCUCAGUCUGCGGCUAUAUUUGAACGGUGAUGGAGUGGGAGCAAACACUCACCUCUCACUCUUCCUGGUCAUAAUGAAGGGAAAAUACGAUGCCAUUUUAGAGUGGCCAUUCAGCAAGAAGGUGACCUUUAAGCUGCUGGACCAGAGUGAGAGGCGUCAUCAUGUGGCAUCAGCCUUCAAACCAGAUGUGAGCUCCGCCUCGUUCCGGAGGCCCAUCCAUGCUAUGAACGUCGCCAGCGGCUGCCCGGAGUUCCUCUCCGUUGCCCAGCUCCGCGCCAACUGGCACAACUACGUUACCGACGACGUCAUGUUCAUAAAAGCCAUCGUGGACCUCUAAAGGGACUCUGGGGUGGUUUCCACGGCGACUGCAGCUGGCAAGUCGGCGUCCGGACUUUAACACGUCAGGACCGGGUGCCGCAGUUUUAAGCUUUGUUGUAGCUACCUAGUCACAAGUCAAUACAUUCCAGCUGUGGUGAGCUUCAGUACGUGAGGAGCACCAUGUAAAUGGUAGCCUCCUGCUAACACGGCACCAACGCAUAUUUGACUUCGAAAUCUCGGACUCUUAAUUGCAUCCGAUCAUGGGCCUUAACUCCUGUUUGUCACCAAAAUAUGAACCUCAAAUUCAGGAAUCUGCAUAUGUAAUUUUUUAAACAUAAAUGAUGUUAACUGAACUUUUUAUAGAUAAAAUAAAGGGGGGGGGGUGUGAGAUAAACCACACUGGGAGGGGCCUCCUAUGGGGCAUGAACGCGAUGUCGUCCGGCUGAUUGCCUGUUCCUAUGCUGUAAUUUCUAUAUGAUGCUAUUCUUCAGUCCCUCAGAGGCAAGAACAGGCAUAAGUUCAGGCUUUCUUCCACUCGGUCCCAUUGAAGCCCACACAAUUAAGGGGAGACAGACACGUUGUGCAGGUCGCAGUGGGUACAAUUGCACUGUGGUCAUGUUACUGGACUAGUAAUAAUCCAGAACUCAAAUCUCCCCCCAUGGCAGACCUUCAAUUUGAAUUUAGUGAAUUAAAUAAAUCCAAAAAGCAAAGCUAGUGACCAUGAAGCUACCAGAAUGUUGUAAAAGCCCAUCUGGUUCACUCAUGUCCUUUAGGGAAGGAAAUCUGCUGUCCUUACCUGGUCUGGUCUACACGUGACUCCAGACCCCACAGCCAUGUGGUUGACUCUGAAAUGGCCUCGAAAGCCAAUCAGGUAUAUGAAAAUGCUACAAAAAGUCAUCACAUGGGCUUAAGAAGGCAGCCUCCCACCAUCUUCUCAAAGGGGAUUAGGGAUGGGUGAUAAAUGCUGGGCUUGCUAGCAACCCCCACAUUGCAUGAAUGAAUGAAAAGUGGCCCUGCAGCAGGGCAAGGGGUUCUGCUCUACAGCGGGGAUCGGUGGCCUGAGAGGUCUCAGAAGCCACAAGUGCCCGGGGCUGGUAAAGGGGAUGACGAUCUUCACUACCUGACUGGCAGCUCCCUACAGACCUGCCUCGAAUGCGUUUAUUCGAAAUCAGGCUCAGCAGGUGAAAGGCAAAAACCCAGCCAAAUGCCCUCCACCCAGCAAAGAACGGACAAGUUGUGAAUCGGGUGAGUUACUGAGGGAUGAGUGGAAAGGUUUGGAUUGUUUAUUUUUUCCACCCCGCCCACCAAGUUGAUACUGGCACUAAUGUGUCAGCCAAUGAGUCAGAAGCACAUCCGUUGUUAGAGCCUCUGAACUCACAACUAAAACUCGUCAUUUCACCAUCACAAUCCAGUGAGUAGUAGAUAGCUACAUAAUACAAAUGAUGCACAUAAAACCCGUCCCAGUUAUUUUCCACAGUGCCAUCUCCAGGAGUGACUGAGGCCGGGAUGAGUGGAGUCAUUACAUGGUUGCUGUGUUUCUCUAAUUUAAUGAACUAUCACAUUGCUCCAGUGUUACUGUUGGAAGAUUUCUUACACAAUUGAAACACUACAGGUUGUUAUUUAAUCCUGAAGAAGUUAAUUAUUUUAUUUUACAUACAGAUGCUUAAUAAACCCCUCAAUCAACAAACAGAAUGUCUGGUCAUUAUCACGUCGCUGUGUGAGAGAGUUUACUGUGCACAAAUGGGCCACCGUGUUUCUAAUAUGACAACAGUGAUCACACUUCAAAAGUACUUCAUUGGCUGUAAAGCGCUUUGGGCCAUCUUGUGGCUAUGAAAGGUUUUUAUUUUAUUUAUUCAUGGCUAGCAUUUAUUACCCAUGCCUAAUUGCC